GAAGAGGGGAAGGAGAGGGGGCGUGGCUUCUCCCCUGCGGUCACGUGACGCCAGUGUUUACAUCCUCUCAGCUGUUGAGCUUUUAGCCCCGCCCCUUCGCUCCCCUCCUCCUCCUCCUCGCCUUCCUUCCUUCAACGUCUCUCGCACAGYCACAAACAGUCGCAUCCAGCCAUAGCGUGGAAAGGGGGGGCUUGAGGAGGAGGAAGAGAGAGGGGGAAAAGCCCUAACAACCCUCAUUCCCCCGCCAAUUAGUCUGAAAAGAAGCCCCCCCCUCUUUCGCCUUUUUCUUGUUUUUGUCCCAUUUCACUUUCCCUCACUUCGCCUUCGGAAAAAGCCCUUGGAAGGACGUUCUAUGAAGAAGGUGCUCACAGUAGAGAUACAGCAAAGAAAAGACAUAUCAGACCAUUUCCUAGAAUUGGCUUUUGAACAGGAUUCUGUUGCAAAGCAGCCGGACAGGCCUGCAUUCUCUUCUACGCCAAAACACCAGGGAAGGACCUGUCAAUGUAUUGCCGAAGUUAAUUGAAUUGUUAAAGAAAGUCAUCAUGGGAGGAGCUGUCAGUGCAGGAGAAGACAAUGAUGACUUAAUUGAUAACUUGAAAGAAGCACAGUAUAUACGCACCGAGAGAGUGGAACAAGCCUUCAGAGCUAUUGACCGUGGUGACUAUUAUCUGGAAGGAUAUAGGGACAAUGCAUAUAAAGACUUGGCUUGGAAGCAUGGAAAUAUACAUUUAUCAGCACCUUGCAUUUAUUCUGAAGUUAUGGAAGCAUUGAAACUUCAGCCAGGAUUGUCUUUUCUUAAUCUUGGUAGUGGAACCGGAUAUUUAAGCACAAUGGUGGGAUUAAUAUUAGGGCCUUUUGGAAUAAAUCAUGGAAUUGAACUUCAUCCAGAUGUGGUAGAAUAUGCCAAGGAAAGGCUGGAGAGCUUCAUAAAAUGUAGUGAUAGUUUUGAUAAAUUUGAAUUUUGUGAACCUGCCUUUGCAGUUGGCAACUGCUUACAAAUAGCAUCAGACAGCCAUCAGUACGAUCGGAUUUACUGCGGAGCUGGUGUACAAAAAGACCAUGAGAACUAUAUGAAAAUCUUACUGAAAAUUGGAGGCAUUCUUGUUAUGCCUAUAGAAGAUCAGCUCACCCAAAUCCUGAGAACUGGACAGAAUACGUGGGAAAGCAAAAAUAUCCUUGCUGUUUCAUUUGCUCCACUUGUGCAGCCAAGCAAGAGUGAUACUAGCAAAAAUGAUACUGUUGGUCUACCACCUUGUUCUGUUAGGAAUCUACAAGAUUUGGCACGGAUCUACAUUAGACGCACUCUUAGGAAUUAUAUAAAUGAAGAAAUGCAAGCCAAGGGUAUAGCUCAAAAGCCUCCACCAAAACGUAAACGCAGAAGGUGCCGUAGGCGCAGAAUUAAUACCUAUGUGUUUGUAGGCAAUCAGCUCAUUCCUCAGCCUCUAGAUAGUGAAGAAGAUGAAAAGAUGGAAGAAGACAACAAAGAAGAGGAUGAUAAAGAACACACUGAAGCCUUGAAGCCAGAAGAACCCCCACGAAAUCUAUUGAGAGAAAAAAUUAUGAGUCUUCCUCUUCCUGAAUCGCUGAAAGCCUACUUGACAUAUUACAGAGAAAAGUAACUUUAAGUGAAGGUGAUAAUGCCUACUUGAUAGUUCCAUAAUCCUUGAAAUGUAGCAUUUAAUAAGAAAUACAUGGACAAAUAUUGGUAGUCUUUCAGGAAGACUGAGUAUGAUGAUAUGAAACAUAACUUGUCUUAACUUUGCUACCAGCACUCCAAUUCAGUGGUAGACUCCUAUUUUAAAUCCACUUUUCGUUAUCUUUUUUGAAAAAAAUAUCUUUUAACUCUGAUAGAUAUAUAUCCCAAAGCGGUAUACAGCAGUAAUUACGAAUUUGCAUGGUGAAUCUUUUUGCUCCCUGACUAAUUUGUAUUGAUGAGGGUUAGUGAAAUUUUUUAUGUGCAAAUAACUGAACAACUGUUUGGAGACAUCAGUAGGGGCUGUCUGCAUUUAUUCUCUAAAGAACAUUCUUGAAUGUGCAGAUAUUUUUCAUCUCAUAUUGAAUUGGAACCCUUUAUUUUUUACCAUGGCUAUAUUGCAAUCAUUGUUACUGUGUUGACGUGAAUGUAUUCCAAGGAAUACAUGAGUGCAAUAACUGCAGACACUGAAUGAGCUGGCUUUAAUAAAAGGCGAACAUUCAUGUUCAGAAAUAUAAAAUAGUCCUGCUAUACUCUAAUAUUUCUUGCCAAAAGAUCUAAAAAGUGACUGCUUAUCUCAGAGCCUUAAGAAAACAUGUUGUUGAGUGUCCUUUAAGAAGAAAAAAUACAGAUAAUAUAACCCAUUUUCUUUAACACCAUCCUAUGAUAGUCAUAAAGUAUUUCUCAACUUUACAGCAUUUAUGAAAAUAUGUGUUUAGUUUCUUUUUAAAGUUAAUGGCACAGAAAACCUAAUUCAUAUAUAAAAGAUUGUAAUUUUGAUUUCAUCGACUAUAUUUACUACUUAAUAGAGUAGAAUGAGUAAAAAGAUUAGCUUGUAUUGCUUAUUGGUAUAGAUGUAAAGAAUUUGUUCACCAGGUGCACUUUACAUGGAUUCUGUACCUUAUUUAUCUCAGAAACAGGAAAAGCAAAUAGUUCUUACAAUGGUUAUUGAUACUCAUCCUCCUGGAAACUAUUGACAUUGUAAGCUUGGGGGCUGACAUUGUUUGAGUGUAUCGUUCUAUCUGCUGUUUUUUUCAUUAUUUAAUUGGAUUGAUUGAAGAGGGUUGUUUUUCCUUUUUUGCAUGAUGAAGUAUCUAAUUUUCACUAGCUUUAUAAUUUUUAAACCUUAAUGUAAAAUAUCAGUGGGAUAUUUUGAGUUCACAGCAUGCUGUAAGAAGUGGAUAGCAUUAAAGCUACCUGAUCUCCUAGGGCCCAAUCAAAAGCAUUCCUUAUGAAGAGAGUUCCUGCACAAUUCACUAUUGUGGUUAUAUCAUAAUACAACGAAAAUGCAUAAAACAAAAAUAAGAUCAGAAUAGACUGUGAACAUUUUAUAUGUUCUCACAACCUGAUACUUUAGUUGUAGAUGGCAAGCAGUUAUAUUACACUUGAUCUAAAUGUCAUGUUCUGUAAUAUCUACGAUAUUAUAAACCUCUUGUUGAACACAAUCUAUGAAAUAAGUGGUUUUAAUUUCAGGUUUGAUUUUAGGCAAUGUUUCCUAGUCAAAGCUUUUUGACGUGGUAAUUAUCAAAAAUCCAUCUUCACAAAAACAAAUUAUUCUGGUUUGUUAACCAGCAUAUUAGGAUGGUUUCUACAGAUUUAUUUUAGUUAGUAAACGUUGCUGGAAAUAAGUGUGCCAUCCUUGUUUCACAGCAAUAAAAACUUAGAAAAAGCUUUCUGUAUAACUACUGCAGUAAUUCUGAAGGUUCAUCUGUGGGAAGCAUUUACUAUAGCACAUCUGUUUUACAUGAUAAGAUUGAAUGAGGUUUUAGGCAUUUUGAAAUUCAAGUUGUAUUUUCUCGUCUUGAAAUUUCAUCAUCUUUUCUCAGUAAUCUGAAUGCAAAAUGUUAAAUAAUUGUCUUUCAAAAUAGAACUUUAUCUUUUGAAUGACUUCAGUGUUUUCCCCAUUCUGUUGUACUCUUCUUACUCAGAUAGAUAAUAGAUGUUAUGAAUAUCCAGUAUGUAAUUUUAUUUGAGUCACACAAACAAUAUUUCUUUUGUGUUUGUGAGUUUCUUUCACAUUCUUGGAUUUAUAUGUACUUUUAAAAUAAAAGCAUAAAAUGGAAAACGAAUCAAAAUUAAAUCUUUUGUCAUAAUUCCAAUAAA